AUGAUUCAAACAAUACUCCUGAAGAAUGUAGUGUUGAAGAAAAUUUGCUACUACAAUUAGAUGAUGAAGUUAGUGAUUUGGAGGAGGAUAUUAGUAUUGAAAUUGAACAAGUUGAUGAAGAAAUUAUGCAAGCUAUACAAAAUAUGAGUUUUGAAGAAACAGUUGCAAUAAAUGAAGAAAAUCUAGAAGAUUUAGAAUUUUCUCAGCAAGUUAAAUUAAUUUGUAAAGCUAAAUCAGAUGUAUGGAAAUUUGUAGAUAAAGAAACUCGAAAUUUAACUGUUUUAUCCAAAAAACAUUCACCAAAAAUUCAAGCAGAAAAAACUCAAGCAAUUCUUAAUUGGAUUAUUUUAACUUUUAAGCCAUUUAAAGUAAUUGAAGAAAAAGCAUUUCAUAAUAUGGUUCAAAAAUUGGAUCCAUUUUAUCAAAUUCCUGUUCGUAAAACUAUUUAUAAUUUAAUUAUUAAUCAAUUUGAUCAACAAAGAAAUUUAAUAAAAAAUUAUUUUAAUGGGCUUUUAAGUAAAGUUGCUCUUACAGCUGAUUUUUGGACAUCUUUGAAAAUGGAAAAUUUUAUAGCCAUUACUAUUCAUUUUAUUGAUAAUAAUUGGAAACUACAGCAUUUUGUAUUAGAUAUAUUUCAAUUUAAAG